CCGGGCGGAAGCUGCGGCGCAGGCGCCCUGGCUCCGCGGAGCUCGCCUCCGGCCGGGUCGAAGAGUUCCCGGCAGACACCGCGCCGCGGCUGCGCAGGACGGGAGAGCCUUUUAAUUCCAUUGUGGAGAGGACGGCGUUAUUUUUAUUAACUGGAGGCGACGGCGGCGUCGGCGGCGGCGGCGGCGGCGGGACCCCCGGGCUCCCGCGGGGCAUGAAAGUCGGCGGCGGCUUCCUGAGCGGCGGCCCCGGCAGCAGCGGCGCCGGCGGCGGCGGGCGCGCGGCCAUGGAGCCCAGCUUCCCCCAGGGUCUGGUCAUGUUCAACCACCGGCUGCCCCCGGUCGCCAGCUUCGCCCGGCCGGCCGGCCCGGCCGCGCCCCCCGCGCAGUGCGUGCUCGCCGCCUCCGCGCCCGCGGCCCCGGCCGAGCCCCCGCCGGCCCCGGACGUGACUUUCAAGAAGGAGCCGGCGGCGCCGGCCGCGGCCUUCCCCGCGCACAGGGCCUCCUGGGGCUUCCUGCAAUCGCUGGUCAGCAUCAAGCAGGAGAAGCCCGCGGACCCCGAGGAGCCGCCGCCCCACUACGGGGGGCUGUUCGCGGGCGCGGACGGGCGGCCCCCGGGCCUGGGCGGCGAGGCGGGCGGCGCCGGCGUCGUGCAGGACCUCGGCGCCCUGCACCAGCACGGCCCGCAGCCCGCCCCGCACGCCCGCGACGUGCUGCUCGGCGGCAGGGCCGGCGACCACCGCGGCAGCGAGGAGCCAAAGCAGGACGCCCACGUCAAGAAGGCGAAGAGGCCAAAGCCGGAAUCUCAGGGAAUCAAAGCCAAGAGGAAGCCGAGCGCGUCUUCCAGACCUCCGCUGGUGGGAGAUGGCGAGGGCGCCGUGCUCUCCCCGAGUCAGAAACCUCAUAUCUGCGAUCACUGCAGCGCUGCUUUCAGAAGCUCCUACCACCUGCGGAGACACGUCCUCAUCCACACGGGGGAGAGGCCUUUCCAGUGCAGCCAGUGUAGUAUGGGCUUCAUUCAGAAGUACCUGCUGCAGAGACACGAGAAGAUCCACAGCAGAGAGAAGCCAUUCGGGUGCGACCAGUGCAGCAUGAAGUUCAUUCAGAAGUACCAUAUGGAGAGACACAAGAGGACACAUAGUGGAGAAAAGCCAUAUAAGUGCGACACUUGCCAACAGUAUUUUUCAAGGACCGACAGACUGUUGAAGCACAGGCGCACGUGCGGCGAAGCCCUGGCCAAAGGAGCCGCCGGUGCAGAGCCUGGGCCCUCAAACCACAACAAUAUGGGUGAUAUGGCUGUGUUGUCUCAGGGAAAUACAAGUUCUUCAAGGAGAAAAGCGAAGUCAAAAAGCAUAGCUAUGGAAAAUAAGGAACAUAAGACUGGUAAAGCAAAUGAGUCACAAAUUCCAAAUAGUAUAAAUGUGCCGAGUUACUCUGUAGAAAUGCCCAUUGUGUCUUCUAGCGGAGGCAUAAUUGGCCCGGGCAUGGAAGAACUACAGAAAAGGGUGCCAAAACUGAUCUUUAAGAAAGGAAGCAGAAAGAGUACAGAUAAAAACUACCUUAAUUUUGUGUCCCCCUUACCAGACAUCAUUGGACCGAAGUCCUUGUCUGGGAAAGUGGGCGGCUCCCUUGGCAUAGGGUCGAGUAACAGUGUGGAGACCAUUAGUCUUCUCCAAAGUGCAAGUGGCAAACAAGGUCCGAUAAGUAGCAAUUACGACGAUGCCAUGCAGUUUUCAAAGAAAAGAAGGUAUUUGCCGACAGCCAGCAGCAAUAGUGCCUUUUCUGUAAAUGUAGGACACAUGGUCUCCCAGCAGUCUGUCAUCCAGUCUGCAGGUGUCAGUGUUCUGGACAGUGAGGCCCCACUGUCACUUAUUGACUCCUCAGCACUCAAUGCUGAGAUUAAGUCUUGUCAUGACAAGUCUGGAAUUCCUGAUGAGGUCUUGCAAAGCAUUCUGGAUCAAUACUCCAGUAAGUCAGAGAGCCAGAAAGAGGAUCCUUUCAAUAUAACAGAACCACGUGUGGAUUUACACACCUCAGGAGAACACUCAGACUUGGUUCAAGAAGAUAAUUUGAGCCCAGGCACUCAAACCCCCUCAAGUGAUAAGGCAAGCGUGUUGCAAGAAUGCUCCAAAUACCUCCAGCAGGCUUUUGAAAAAUCCACGAAUGCAGGUUUUGCUCUUGGACACGGUUUCCAGUUUGUCAGUUUGUCGUCACCGCUCUACAACCACACUUUGUUUCCAGAAAAACAGAUAUACACUACAUCUCCCCUGGAGUGUGGUUUCGGCCCGUCUGUCACCUCAGUGUUGCCAUCUUCACUGCCAAAGCCUCCCUUUGGUAUGUUGUUUGGAUCUCAGCCGGGUCUUUACUUAUCUGCUCUGGAUGCCACCCACCAGCAGCUGACACCUUCCCAGGAGCUGGAUGACCUGAUCGAUUCUCAGAAGAAUUUAGAGACGUCGUCAGCCUUCCAGUCCUCAUCUCAGAAACUGCCUAGCCAAAAGGAAGAACAGAAGAACUUGGAGUCCUCAGCAAGCUUCCAGAUCCCGUCUCAGGAGCUGGCCAGCCAGAUAGAUCCUCAGAAAGACUUAGAGCCUAGAACAACGUACCAGAUCGAGAACUUUGCACAAGCGUUUGGUUCUCAGUUUAAGUCGGGCAGCAGGGUGCCAAUGACCUUUAUCACUAACUCUAACGGAGAAGUGGACCAUAGAGUAAGGACUUCAGUGUCAGAUUUCUCAGGGUAUACAAACAUGAUGUCUGAUGUAAGUGAGCCAUGUAGUGCAAGAGUAAAGACGCCCACCAGCCAGAGUUACAGGUAAGGUCUCCAGAGUGACCAGGCUGGGGGUCUUCUAAUGUAAUUUUGUUUUAUGUUGAGAACACUGCCAUUGGAAUGUUUAUACACGAUCCUAUUAAGAAUAAUGUAAUGCCCUUUCAAUGCAACUUUUCAUAUUUAGUUUUUUGUUAGUGUGAUUUUAGCUCUGUUUGUAUUAUGAUUUUUAAUCAAAAUCGAUAGAUUAAAAAUAGUUUGACAUUCAAAGUGACAAUGUUUAGCAAUCAGAUUUACAUGUAUAGGUCAUCAGGGANCAAAAAA